GAGCAGCCUUGUUAACCCGCAAAGCGGAAGUUUCCCUAACGGUCUUCCUUUGAACUAUUCCAGUAGAGGAACGACACAUGAAAUUGAAAAUAGUUCAUAAUUAAGUUAUUUUCGUGUCAUUGAUACCUCUAAUAAGUUGGACUUAUUUCUGAGUUUAUUGUAUGUAACAGCUUUUAAAAAGGAAUACCCAGAAUUGGUACUUGGACAUUAUUUUUUUCUGUGCUAACUCAUGUUAGCAAAGCAUAAGCAGCGGUAUUAUUCUGAUUCCCGGCUAUAAAUGGACGAACACAAGGAGAACAUCAACAGCAAAGACUCGAAUGUAAAGAUGUCUGACACCGCUGAAGGAGAAAAGGCUAAGCCGUGCGACAGGAUUUCUCCUGCAGAAGAAUCGGUUCCUCCUGUGUCUCCGUCUCAGUCCAACACUGACUUCAGUCACCCUGUUUACAAAGAGAUCUCUUUGGCCAACGGACACAUAAACCGUAUGACCAAAGAGGAACUGAGGCUCAAGUUAGCGGAGCUGAAACUGGACACGAGAGGAGUGAAGGAUGUGAUGAAGAAGAGGCUGAAGAGUCACUAUAAGAAGCAGAAGCUGAUGCAGUCUGCAGCUGACGGCGGAGCCACUGACACUUACUACGACUACAUCUGCGUGGUGGACUUCGAAGCCACGUGUGAAGAAGAUAAUCCUCCAGAUUUCCUCCAUGAAAUCAUAGAGUUCCCCAUGGUCCUGAUCAACACUCACACGUUAGAAAUAGUGGACUCUUUCCAGGAACACGUCAAACCAGAGUUAAACCCAAAACUUUCAGACUUUUGUGUGAAGUUGACAGGAAUAACACAGGAAAAGGUGGAUGAAGCUGAACCGUUUCCGGAAGUCUUUAAACGAGCCGCUGCGUGGCUGCGGGAACGAGAGCUGGGAACAAAAUACAAAUACGCCAUGUUGACUGACGGGUCCUGGGAUAUGAGCAAGUUCCUGAACAUCCAGUGUCGUCUCAGUCACAUCAGAUAUCCUCAGUUUGCUAAGAAGUGGAUUAACAUCAGGAAAUCCUACGGAAACUUCUACAAGGUUCCCCGUGCACAGACCAAACUCAGCCUGAUGCUGGAGAAGCUCGGCCUGGAGUACGAGGGCCGACCGCACUGCGGUCUGGACGACUCGCGAAACAUCGCCAGGAUCGCGUUGCGCAUGCUGAAGGACGGCUGCCAGCUGCGCGUCAAUGAACGGAUCCACGGCGGUCAGCUGCUCUCCGUUCCCAGCACCGCGCCUGUAGAGGGCGCUCCACCGGCGUAUGGCCCCGGCAGACGAUAGAAAAAAG